UCCUAACCUGAGAAAGUUUCUAACCUCUCUUGGUGUUGUUGUUCGCAUUUGCGUUUGGAAAAUAGUUCCAAGUGUACACGUUGAAUUUUAUAUAAAUAUAAUUAUAAAUCAUGUUUAUAACGAGUGUAUUAUGUAAAAAGGUUAAAAGCAAAUAUCUUUUAGUGUUGCUGGAAAGCGUAGCAAGUGGACACAAGUAUGUACUAAGGAGAGAAAGAAUAGCUGACAAAUUUGAAGGACCGCGUUAUGAUCCUUAUGUGGGUAAUAUGGUACUAUACAGGGAAGUAAAAAAAAUUAAAAGUAUAUAAAUUCCAAUUCAUUGGAUAUGCUCCUUUAUAAUGCGCUGGUUAAUUACUUGGAAAUAAAAAUAUGUGAUAAUAUGUAAAGAAUUAGUAGCAAGUGAAAUAUUUAUUAAUGCAAAUACAUUCUUCUUAUUAUCAUCA